CCACCGGGCACUCUGUCCUCCGCAUUUUCACCUCCCUGCAGUCCGCCAUCUGUACAACAACCCGACAGAGACCCGGAGGUCAGAGACGAGGCAGAGAAGAAGAAGAAGAAGACGGGUAUCUGAGGAAAGCUCGGGUCCCUGCAGCGCCCCCCAGCGAUCCCAACUAAGCAGAAGUAGAUGUUUAGACUUCUAUUGUGAAGUGGACACACUGUCACACAAACCGGAAGUGAUCGGACAGUGGCGCGUUGAACUUUCGUGAUGUCGAAAUUGAAAACAAUCAUUUGGCCCAAAGUGAUUUUAUUCGGAGACUCCAUCACACAGUUCUCCUUUCAGCCCAACGGGUGGGGAGCAGACAUUGCUAACAAGUUAGCGAGGAAGUGUGAUGUGGUGAACAGAGGACUGUCCGGGUACAACUCCAGAUGGGCCAGGAUCGUUGUCCCUCGUCUGAUCAGCAGCUGCAGCUCAGACAACAACAUCAACAACAACAUCGCUGCUGUCACUGUUUUCUUUGGAGCCAACGACUGUUCACUGGAAGAUAAAAACCCGCAGCAGCACAUCCCUCUGCAGGAGUAUUCAGAGAACUUAAAGGAGAUCACCCAGCUUCUGGCUUUAGCUGGAGUGUCAGCAGACAGAGUCAUCUUCAUCACCCCCCCACCCAUUCACGAGCCAGCCUGGGAGAAGGAGUGUAUUUUGAAAGGAUGUCCUCUCAAUCGCCUCAACUCUGUAGCAGGGCAGUACGCCCAGGCGUGUGUUCAGGCCGCCGGUCAGUGCGGUACAGACGUCUUGGACCUCUGGACACUCAUGCAGAAAGAUGGACAGGACUUCACAGUCUACCUGUCUGAUGGACUCCAUCUCUCAGAGAAAGGGAACCAGUUUGUGGCCCAGCACCUGUGGGGGCUCCUGGAAAGCCGAGUGGCCCACUUGCCCUUCAUCCUGCCCUACUGGGGAGACGUGGACGCCAAGAGCCCCGACAGCAGCCUGCUCUGUGACCAGUGACGAAGCACAUUAGUAAGAUUU